AUGAACCUCCCAGCAACUUCUCUGCAGCAACUUCUCUGGAGGCUGAGCGACGCCUGCGGCCCCAUUGUUCGCGCUUUCUGCCAGCAGCAUGUCCAGGGUGCGCAGCUCGACCGCGAAGCGCUGCGGCUGCAGCGUGAGCUGGAGAAGCUGCUAGAGCGGCACAUUGACCGGUCGACCGCGCCCACAGCGCCCGCGUUGGUCAAGCUCGAGCUGCGGGUGUCAAUGCCGCACCUGGAGUCCAUCUUCUAUGACGAGCCUCUAUGGGAUUUGUCGGCGCCGCGCGCCGCCUGCGAGGACUACAUCAGCACUACCGUUAACGAGCUUGGGCUGGAUUGGCACGCGCACACGCUCAUCAUGCGGCGCAUGAAAGAGCGGAUAGAUAUCGCCACCAAGGCAUGCGAGCUGGCGAUGGGCAAAGUGCAGCCCCUCCCUAGCAGCAACGACAAGAUGCUGCGCAACCCGCCCAGCAAGCUGCCGCAGGUGGUUCGCAUGACUGAGCAGCAGCUGCAGCAGGUGGCGGCGGCGCUGGCAGCCAGGCACAGCGGCUCCAAUCAACAAGAGGGUGCAGGGCGUCCGUUGCCCGUCCUGGGGACAGCGUCUGGCGUGAAAGUGGAACAGGUGGAGGACAAACCGAGCGUGGAACCGCGGGCAGCUGGUGCUGCCAAGCUCGAGCCAUCAGAUACCACUCAGGGAGAGCAGCAGCAGCAGCACAACAGCGACGAUUCUGACAUGCCCGACCUACCUGAGUGA